AUGGCUCCUCGCGAGGAGCUCAUCUCCUCGGCUAUUACUUUUCUCCAGGAUCCGUCCGUCGCCUCCUCGCCGCUAGAGAAACGAGUCGCUUUCCUACAAUCUAAAAACCUCACUCAAGAAGAAAUAGAUAUUGCUAUUGCACGGGCAGGCGAAGAUUCGGUCCAAACAACAACAACCACGACAACUGCGACACCUGUUGGAUAUGCUCAGCAACAACAGCCUAUUUAUCGGCCGACAGCUGCCCAGCCCGGUUAUGGUCCCGGUCCGUAUGGUCAAUGGCAGCCUCCGCCUGAGGUCCCUAGACGGGACUGGCGCGACUGGUUUAUUAUGGCGACAAUAACAGGAGGAGUUGGUUAUGGAUUAUACGUCUUAGCCAAGAGAUAUGUAGUGCCUAUAAUAGCACCUCCUACUCCUCCACAAUUAGAACAGGAUAAGCAAAGCAUUGACGAAGAAUUUGCUCGCGCUUUUACUCUGAUUGAUCAGCUCUCUACGGACACAGCAGCUUUGAAAUCUGCAGAAGACGCCAGAACAGAGCGUUUGGAUGCUGCUCUCCGUGAAGUUGAGAGUGUACUGUCGGAACUAAAAUCUUCAACCCGCCGACGCGAUGACGAAACCCGCCGAAUAAGCGACGAAGUCAAGAGCCUGAAGGAUAGCAUCCCCAAGGCAUUGGAAGGGGCAAGAGAAGGAAAUGAAGGCAGACUCAAGGAACUCGGCACAGAACUUCGAAGCUUAAAGACUCUGUUGAAUAAUCGCCUCAGCGCCGGUAGCCCCGCAACCACACCGGUUACCGGACGGCCAGUAGGACCAACCGCUACACCCGAGCCAGCAUUAUCACCAGCAACUGCCCUUCCUGCAACAACACCAAACACAAACACCGCUCCUAUUCCUUCUGCUUCUAACAGCCAAGCCACUAGUUCCCCGGCUUCCACCAACCCUCUGUCUCAGCUGGGCAAGUCUGCCUCAAUCCCUGCCUGGCAGAUGGCUGCCGCAAACAGGUCGAAGACACCGUCCCAGCCAGCCCAAUCUGCAACUGUGGAGGAAUCGCAGAGCAGCUAG